AACCUGGGUCUAUCGCCAAUGCUCCGUCCACCUAUCUCACAGCCUCUUUAAACCAAUUGGAUUCUUGGAAAAUUUUCCAAAUCCCAACUGAUAUUCAGUCGCAAUGCAGCUUCGAACUGGAGCUUCGGUGCUCUUCAAAAUUCGACCCGCAGCGGGCCGACCAACAGUUUUUUCACCAUGUUCAGAUUGCCGUAGAGCGGCCUCUUUAGAUCUUCGGAUACGCAUAUCAAAAUCGCUAUAUCAUAAUAGUCCCAAAAGAUCCUCAAUAUGGGCGGCGGCAGCCUCGGUAGCUUCGAAUAUGGUGUCCAAUGCGGUCACUCGAGCUACCAAGUCCGAACUACCUAUAGAUCCUCUACGAAUUGUCGCAAAGGAAAUGAAGCACUUGACUGGCGGUAUUCGGCAUCUUCUAGGCUCGGGAAAUCCUUCUCUGGAUCGAAUCGCAAAAUACUACACACAAAGCGAGGGAAAACAUGUGCGGCCACUAAUAGUUUUACUCAUGUCUAGAGCGACUUCGUUAUGUCCUAAAGCUCCGGAAUCCCCCCCAUCGCAUUCUACGGCAACGAUAGACUCUGCGAUUUCUCCCCUCGACGUACUAUCUGACGAUAACCCCUCUUCGCCGGAAUUCUCCUCGCAGCCCGAAUCCUCCGAUGGCGACGUGUUACCUUCCCAGCGGCGCCUUGCCGAAAUCGCGGAGUUGAUUCAUACUGCAUCACUGCUGCACGACGACGUCAUAGAUCACUCAGUGUCCCGACGUGGUUCUCCAUCCGCCAAUUCCGAGUUCGGUAAUAAGAUGGCUGUUCUGGCGGGCGAUUUCCUUUUAGGAAGAGCUUCAGUCGCUCUAGCGCGACUACGCAAUGCCGAAGUAGUCGAACUCCUAGCCACCGUUAUUGCCAACUUGGUAGAAGGCGAGUUCAUGCAGCUGCAGAACACGGAGCGCGACGAGCGGAAUCCUAAGUGGUCGGAGGAUACAUUCACAUACUACCUUCAAAAAACAUAUCUCAAGACGGCUAGCUUGAUCUCGAAAUCUUGUAGAGCUGCAGCACUUCUAGGGCGAGCAGACGCGGCCACCGUAGAUGCCGCCUACGCAUACGGAAAGAAUUUGGGUCUCGCAUUCCAAUUGGUCGAUGAUAUGCUAGAUUAUACGAAGUCUGGGAAAGAUUUGGGAAAACCGGCCGGGGCGGAUCUAGAGCUAGGACUUGCGACUGCGCCCUUAUUGUUCGCAUGGAAGACAACACCGGAGUUGGGGAAGUUGGUCGGGCGGAAGUUCCUGCAAGAGGGUGACGUGCAAAGGGCACGCGAGUUAGUCUACCAAAGCGACGGUAUCGAACAAACGAGGGCGUUAGCAGAAGAUUACUCAUCACAAGCGAUCGCUGCGCUUAAUGCGUUCCCUGCCAGCGAAGCGAAAGACGGGUUGAUAGAAAUGGCGAUGAACACGUUGAAACGUCAAAAAUAAAAUACCCCUUAUAGACUUGUAUUACAUUACCACUCAGAAGCAAGUAUCUUUGGUGUUAGAGCGGGUUUGUUUGUAUGCUGCGUGCCGUUGUACAAGUACAUGUGUUUCUAGGCACAUCGCAAACAAGCAGCCACUCGUGUGGUUGUAUAGAUACCGAUUUAUGUACAAUUAUGGACGGACGGCACAUGUAUAGACAGAAACCACCAAACUCAAAUAUUGAACCAUCCAGACGCCUGUUUUAGAGAACCACCACCAUUGUCUCCUAUCUCCAUAUUC